AUGCGUAGUCCAAUAGGUAUUGAUUUGGGUACAGUCUAUUCAUGUGUCGCUGUAUUUCAACAUGGAAGAGUUGAAAUCAUUUCUAAUGAUCAAGGAAAUCGUAUAACACCAUCUUAUGUAGCGUUCAAUGAUAAGGAAGUUAUAAUUGGUGAUGCAGCUAAAAAUCAAGUGGCUAGGAAUCCAACUAAUACAGUCUUUGAUGUUAAACGUCUUAUUGGACGUAAAUAUAAUGAUCCAACAGUUCAAGCUGAUAUGAAACAUUGGCCAUUUCAAGUAAUUAGUGAAAGUGGAAGACCUAAAAUUCAGGUUGAAUAUAAAAAAAAAAAAAAAUUAUUUGCACCUGAAGAAAUUUCUUCAAUGAUAUUAACAAAAAUGAAAGAAAUAGCUGAAACUUAUCUUGGUGAAAAAGUAACCGAAGCUGUUAUAACUGUUCCGUCGCAUUUUAAUUAUUCUCAACGUCUAGCAAUAGAAGAUGCUGGUGUUCUUGCUGGUCUUAAUGUUUUACGCAUUGUUAAUGCAUCAUCAGCAACUGCUAUUGCUUAUGCAUUCGAUAAAAAAGUAUCAGCUCAACGAAAUGUUCUAAUUUUUGAUUUGGGUGGUGGUACCUGUGAUGUAUCAAUUUUAACAAUUGAAGAAGGAAUUCUUGAUGUUAAAUCAACAGCUGGUGAUGCGCAUGUGGGCGGUGAAGAUUUUGACAAUCGAAUGGUUGCACAUUUUAUGCAAGAGUUUAAACAUAGACAUGUUAAAGAUCUACAGGAAAAUGAACGUGCUGUUCGACGAUUACGUACUGCAUGUGAACAGGCUAAACAUACAUUAUCAUCAGCAUCACAAGCAGGAAUCGAGCUCGAUUCAUUACACGAAAGCAUCGAUUUUUAUUCAACAAUAACUCGUGCACGUUUCGAAGAACUUAAUGCUGAUUUAUUCCGUUCAACACUUGUACCUGUUGACAAAGCGUUACGUGAUGCUAAAAUGGAUAAAUUCCAAAUCCAUGAAAUUGUUCUUGUCGGAGGUUCAACACGUAUUCCAAAAGUGCAAAAACUUUUACAAGAUUUCUUUGGUGGUAGAGAAAUAAUUAAAUCAAUUAAUCCAGAUGAAGCUGUUGCAUAUGGUGCUGCAAUUCAAGCUGCUAUAUUAACAGGUGAUAAAUCUGAAGAUGUCAAAAAUUUCCUUUUACUUGAUGUAGCACCGCUUUCAUUGGGUAUCGAAACUGCUGGUGGUGUUAUGACAACCUUAAUUAAACGUAAUACAACGAUUCCAACAAAACAAACCCAGAGAUUUACAACCUAUUCGAAUAAUCAACCAGGUGUUUUUAUUAAAGUUUAUGAAGGUGAACGUGUAAUGGCAAAAGAUAAUCAGUUAUUAGGAACGUUUGCAUUAAUGGGUAUUUCACCAGCACCACGUAGUAUACCAGAAAUUGAAAUUACAUUCGAUAUUGAUGGAAAUAGUAUAAUAAAUGUUUCAGCUAUUGAUAAAGGUUCUAGAAAUGAAAAUAAAAUUACAAUUACAAAUGCUACAGAAUGUUUGUCAAAAGAUGAACUUGACCUACCUCUGAUGUGUUAUGAUACAAAAUAUGAAGAAGAAAUAAAUGAAAUCCCAGGUACAUAUGUUACUGCGAAAAAUUCAUUGAAAUCUUAUUGUUUGAAAAUGGAAAAACAAAUAAAUGAUAAAACAUUAACAGAUAAAAUAAGUGAUGAGGAGAAGAAGAAAAUGCUCAAUGCUAUUGAAGAUGUAUUGAAAUGGUUGGAGACAAAUCAAGUAAAAAAUAUUUGA